AUGUAUGUUGUAAAGCACUAUUCAUUGUUACUGAUAACAAUCACAACAAUUACCCUGUUAUUCCUGCUACAAAAGACACAAGCACUCUUGCAACAGGGGAGAUUCUCAACAAGCGCUUUGUAUAACGUGUCUGUUGGCCUUGACGAUAUUCAAGGAACUGUAGUUGCCUUUGCGGACUUUAAUUCAGAUAAAUA